AGAAACAUGUCCCGCCAUCCCACUUUUCCUUUCUCCAUCCAAACGACGGAUCUGAAGCUACCCCAAAACUGUCAUAUCAUUAUGUCUGGCCCACCUAGAGACGCAUUAGAAUUUCCCGAGUCGGACAGGGUCUUUCUGGAGUCACAACUACCUGCACGAGAUGGGUCGACUCCACGUCCUGAUAUGCCCUUCACAACUCUGACUUUCGCGACAUCACUCGACUCUUCGCUUGCACUGUCCCCUGGAACACGUACCGUACUUUCAGGGCCUCAAUCAAAAGCAAUGACUCAUUACUUACGGUCCCGCCAUGAUGGAAUUCUCAUCGGCGUCGGCACGGCCUUGGCCGAUGAUCCAGGCCUGAAUUGCCGUAUUGCCGGAGUUGGAGGGUACGGCGGCGAGGGUUUGGAGUCUCAACCACGACCCAUUGUCAUUGACCCUUCUUUACGAUGGGACUUUUCCGAUGAUAGCAAGUUAUUCCAACUUUGCAGAGAAGGUCGUGGUCGUGCGCCAUGGAUUGUGACAACCGUUCGGGAGCCCCCGGCCGAGAAAGAUGCCCUGCUCAAGAAGUACGGGGGUCAAUUUAUCUCGCUCCAGAUUCCUAUUUCAGAGUCUGGUAAUCACCGGAUUGACUGGAAAGAAUUACUCAUCACUUUACGCUCGAACGGUCUUCGGAGCGUUAUGAUUGAAGGAGGUGGUCAUGUCAUCAACUCCUUGUUGGAGCCGCCUUAUAUGGGUUUGAUUGAUCGGGUGAUCGUCACGAUUGCGCCAACUUGGCUUGGGCAAGGGGGCGUGGUCGUCUCUCCACCGAGACGGUUCGACGGAGAAGGGAAUCCGAUGUCUGCUGCGAGGUUGAAAAACGUUCAGUGGUACCCUUUUGGAGAAGACGUCGUUCUAUGUGGCCAAGUCAAUGUCUAGGCAAGAGAAGCAAUUUGCUGAGUCGCGCCAAGGCCUUACUACAUCGGGAGAGCCAAUGUUAUUCAUAAAUUGGUAUAUAUCAAAAAUAUAAAAUCAAACUCGAGACUAUUGAUAAGGCUCUGGGCUGAACAAGU